UGUGCUUGCCGCGGGCAAAUCACGAUUUACUAGACACUGCUUCUCCUUGACUACGUCGUGUCAAUUAGCGACAAUGAUUCUCUUGAUAUAUUUUUUACUGGCUGUCAUCUUCGUGUUGUUUUUUGGAGCACUGUACGUUUUCUACUUCCGGAACAGAAUCAACCUAGAACAGAAUUAACUAGAAGUGACAGACAAGUAAGGUGCCGUGGCCGUGUGCGUUUUGUGUCCAGAAUGACAGUUUUGUCUAAGCGACCACCCAACACUACCCCUGUACCUAGGACCAUCAUUGAUACAACAUCCAAUCGUUAAUCUUCCAAACUUCGUUUGACUAAGAUAUAUUAAUAAAAUUAAAGCCUAAAGUUGAUCCAAAGACGCAUUUUUCAAGUUACAAUUAAUCUUAUGCCCUUUUCACAUGUCUCUCUCUCUCACACACACACACACACACACACACACACACACGCAAAAGGAUUCCAUGUCUUAGCUUUGCUUUUGUGAAACGUACUGGUAAGCUAUAGAUCUUAUGGAAGACUUCAUAUUUACUGCAUGAACAAAUAAUAUGGAAAUCUGAGGCAAAAAAAUACACUAUUUAGUCAAGGAAAACACCAACGUCUGCUGUAAACCUAAUACCAGCAUCCUGUUCCAGUGAAAGAAGACUCAGACAUUUCAAAAGCAGACAAAACUUAUCAAUGACUGACGGACACACCGACAAGUUACACAUAAGCUGAAUUAAAAUUCCAGUAGAUGAGAUACAGUAACCAACUAUCAGAAGAGACCGACCAUAAACUAAGACUGAGGGUCACUGAGAGAGAGAUGCUUGGAGACAGCCAAUAGCUCUUCACCACAGGCUGGGAAUGGACUCGAGGUCGGGGCGGUGCUGGGUGUGCGACGCUACGGGCAGACUCUGGUGCUCUGCCUGCAGAUUUGCUCUCUAUUGCUCCCUCGCUUGCCAGAAGAAAGAUCGACUCAGACACCUGGACGAGUGUGUGAACAGCAGCAGGAGGCGUGUGUGUUGCAACUACUGCGGGAGGGAAGAAGCCCUGGGAGGUGUGCCCUGCCCUGAGUGUGUCGUCGCCACUUACUGCACAGACUCCUGCAGGAAGAUCGACGCAAAAAACCACAGGUCUGUCUGUCUCCAAGCCAAACAAAAGGUGGUGGAGGCUGCCAAGAAGAUCAACGAGUGGAACCGUCGAGCCAAAGGCAUUCCUCAGUACCUGGGAAGACUCAUACAUGCUGUCGACUACCUCAGGUGGAGUGAGAAUGAGGGGGCGAGGAUACUGGCGGCGACGCACUCCCCACAACACAAGGAGCAGACUAGUGACAGUGGAAGUGAGGCGAGUAAGGAUAGUAGAAAUGGAAGGAAGGAGAACGGGCUGGCCCAGGAGAUGCUGCGGCUCCUCCUGCUAGGCGCUGAUCUUAAACACGUCCUCUGCAUUCUCCACGAUACCCCGGACGCUUGUACACAGCCGCUGGAGAUGGUGCUCGUGGAUUCCAGCCCUCAUAUUCUGGCCCGGGACCUGCUGAUUUUAUACCUGUUGAUGCUGCCAGACGCUCAUGACCCUCUACAAGACCCCGCCCUCGUCCAAGCCCACGCUGAGAAGGUGGUGAUGGUAUUUUACUCUCUGUGUCUGGAUAUGGAGACCCACGCCCUCCUCUGCAACACUCUACACAACUUACUCAACAUGACCCACAAGACCUUCCUCCAAGAGAUGCGUCAGCAGGUGCUGGUGGACGCUGGGACCUACACACUUGUACAAUCAGUUUGGAGCGGCUGGAUGAGCUUCGCCAACGACCCCUCGGCUCUACAAAAGCUGGAGAACGUGCGCACCCUCAAGGUUUCGGGUAAAAUGAUCAAAGAAGUGCUGGCCCGCUACAUCAAGUCUUGCCCUCGGGAACAUCACAAAGCAGUAACUGACUGGAUAAAGAGAGGUUCAAUGAAGAAGAGCCGAGGAGGGAACUUCCCAAACGUCACCUUGGCUUGCUUCAGUCCUCUGAGGCGCGAGUAUCUCGAAAAAUUUGAGGACGUGAGUCCAAAAUGGUCGGAGGAGACAGAGUGGAUAAAGGCAGUAACGGUUGAUGAUGACAUGAUUUAUGCGCCUCACGGCAUCGAUAUGAUAUUCCAAGAUUGGGACUUUCUCAUUUUAUCUCGCAAUGUUAAAAAAGAAAGCAAUGUUGUUGAAAUGUAUCGUAUAUAUCUCACUCAAGUAUUUUCCAGGGCGAGCUACAAACUUCUGCGAUCCAGUCAAGUACUAAUUACUUUUAUCAGAGCAGAUGUUCGUGAACUGGCUGCAAACACUGCGUUAUUGAAGGGCAAGUUUGACAGGAUCGCCACGGGUAUUCAUGCAGACCUGUUAGGAACACCGUACGUGUUGCAACACUUUGGUGGCUUUCUGCGGACAGACAACAUGUACUCGCGGCUACUGACACACCAUCGCGUGUGGUCCCUCUGUCUAGACUGGCGUAGUGACCAACAGGCACGCGAAACCUGCCUCAAAAGUCUCAAGUGUAACAGAGCUCCUGAUCCCCUCCUCAUGAUCACUGGACGUUGGGCCACUUUUAGACACUUUUUGCAGGCGGAGCUACUUCAUCAUCUUCACGUGCUUGACGGAAGACCCCUGGAACCAGAAAAUGUCCUAGUGUUUAAAAACGUAAGUCACGCUUAUGAUAUGGUGCUCUCCGACUAUACUCGCCAACUGAACCACAUUGUGCCUUUCAGGUUCCAGGCAGACAAGAGAAUGGUGAGUAUGGUUGACUCUCGUCUGCACACACUAGAGUGGCGCCGCUUAGCACGUACCCGCAGAGCUUCUGCUCCUGCUGCCACAAACCCGGCUCCUAAAUCCCUGCCCACCUCCCCAAAUCAUGACAUAGACCCUGCCUCUCGUUAUGUUGAUAACCUUAUUUUCUUAUCUCAAAACCCGUCCUCGGCGUCGCCGACCUCAGACAGUAGCCUACGUCGCAGCAUAAAUCGCCGCGAGGGCUCCCGUUCUCCAUCUACUGUUGAACCCUCGUCGACGAGUGAUGACCGACCUUCAAGGCCACGCACCAGCAACAGAAUGAGGCCACGUAGUCUUUACGUGUCAACACGCUGUAAGAGCCCUUUACUGUCGCCCGAAUUUGAUUUCUGGGAGCAUCAUAACCUUAUAAAGGAGAAGAAGACGCCCACAUCCCGUGCGUAUAAUGAGAUACCGGAAGGCAUCAGCCGCCGCAUUCAACAAGCCUUGCAAGGCGAUACUAAACAAGAGAAAGUUGCAACUAAAAGUGCUCCAGUAUCUCCUGAGCUGACCAGGAAAACAAAAGUAGUGAAAGAAAAGGCAAAUGCUUUUGAAAGGGGUACUGUUGCUCGUUCGACUUUCCCAGAAACUCGAAAAACUGUAGAAACUGUUACUCCAAGCACCCCUGUCAAAAAACUGGUGUCGAUGUUCUCCAAAGCGUUCGCAGCGAAGGAUAAAGAAAUAGAUGCGGGGAGGAAAUUUAAGAGAAGUAACAGCCUGCAUGACAGUUGUCUGACCCCUGAGGAACAAAAUGAGAUACAGAAUAAAAGUUAUAAUUCAUUAAGAAUCACCCGAAGCAAAAGCAGAACACAAAGAAAUGGAGAGAUAAAUGAGGCAGUGGAGUGCGGCAUGAGCACCUUCCCACGCAGGGCGAGACCACACUCUGUAGCAAGCAGCAAGUUUUCCUAUCUGGAGGGUGGCACAGCGAAAGACACGCAGGCAAGCAGCCCGGUAUCAAGUUCAGAUCAAAAGUACGACUUAAAAAAGACACUAGCUGUAGACACAUCAGACAGCCCUCGUAACAAAAAAGGCCACAUAUCCCCUAUCAGGAGCUUGUUUGCAGGACUGAACACACUGAGCAUGAGCCCUAUCUUGCAACGUGCUGCCGACCGGCAACAUUCCACUCCAUUGAAGGAGGAGCUACGGCUGGUCCAUCUCAGGCCAGUCAGCCAGCGUUUCCAGAGUCCGCCCUCACUCUCACUUUCCUCAGACAAUACUGACACUAUGAAUCUGCCAGAGUCCUCGUCCACCAGACCUAACAACGACACACCGGACACAAACAAUAGCGCUCGACGGAGGAGUUCAUUUGAUUAUCUAACGGAUAAGAAAGAACCACAUUCAAGGAAGUUACCUUCACCACCUUGGAAAUCAGCCCUAAAACAAACUCCUAAAAAGAUUCCGCAUGAACCAGAAUAUGUGGCUCCUUCCCUUCAUGUAAACAAAGAGGUUGGCCCCUUGCAGUCUCCAACGCCAGACUCCAAUCAGUCACCAAGCGAGGCAGCAGUGAUUGAGCCAGAGACAAAGCUAAAAGUUGGGAUGCUUAUAACUAGUAAAUCAGAAGCUGCUUCUGAUCUUUCAGACACUCAGAAAGAAAAUCUACCAGAGAACAUAUUUUCCCCAAGGUCUUCUCCAAAUCUUUAUCAGCCAAAGAAUGAAGAAUCUCAUAGGUCAGCGGAAAAAGAAAGUUGUCUGAUGAUGGAAGCUCAACAACUAGAUGAAGACGACACUAUUUCCACCAGUAAGUCCGACUCCACAACACCCAGUUCCCCUACUAAAAGGGAACCUGAAAAAGAGGAUAGCACUGGCUGGGAAGAAGACCUGUUCGCUGUUAUCGAAGAGACUAAUGUGAAAAAGCAGAACCUAGUGUCCCAAGAGGACUUCACGUUACUUACGUCAGCGUCACUGUCAUCUUCACUAACAGAUGCAGACAUGGAAGUAUCGGAACUUCUCUCACACCAAGAACAGUUUUGUCCAAUAAAAGAUCUUAAAACUGAUACUGAAGAUGAAAGCAAGAGCCUUAUUCUUAACCAAGAGGAAGAAAAAUACACUGACUUGGAAACAGAAAGAGCCCAAAAUGCAAAAGAUAUUCAGGAAAAAAUUAAAGAAAACUUUCCUGUAAAAGAUAAUACUGAACCGAUUGACAUAUGCAAAAUAAGUGCAGAGGAAGAUAUUGAGAAGGAUUAAUA